AUACUACGAUGAACGCGACUGCGAAGAAGCAUACAGACGUGCAGCUACUGUCUUUCUACAUGGUCGAGAAUUAACCGUGGAAUUUGCUCGUGGAUCUCGAAAGACUCCAAGGGAGAUGAGAGGCAAAGACAGUAAUAGGUAUUCUCCACCAAGGCGAAGUCGAUACACUCCGGAAAAUUCUUAUAGACCGAGUCGUAGCCCUAGUCGACAUCGCAGCAGAUCUAGGUCGGAUUAUAGGAGACAUGAUAGAUAUGAUUAUGAAGAGGAUAGAAAACGUUCUAGCCGAUUCCGUUCUCGCUCAAGGUCAUUGUCUCGCACGCCACCAGAACGCCGCAAAAGGUCAGGACAAGUAAACGGUCAUCCUAAAUCUCGAUCCAGAUCUCCUCAUGGUGUUCAAGCACCUGUAGAGGAAAAAGAGACAGCUACGUAG